AUGUCCCACGAAUACGAUACGGUUGCGCCGCCAAACGCUAAGCGCAUGAAGACCGAUGCGCAUCUAGAAGAAAAGAAGAUCUUGUACGUGGUACUCGAAGGAUGUAGUCUGGAAACAGCGAAAGUUGGAGGAGAAUACGUUAUUCUGAGCAGUGAUAAGCACGCCAACUUUCUACGAAAAUCAAAGAAGGAUCCAGCCGAUUAUCGUCCGGAUAUUCUGCAUCAGUGUCUUCUGAAUCUUCUUGACAGCCCGCUGAACAGAGCUGGAAAGCUACGAGUCUUCUUCAGAACCAGCAAAAAUGUGCUUGUUGAUGUGUCACCACAGUGCAGAAUCCCAAGAACUUUUGAUCGGUUCUGCGGACUCAUGGUUCAACUCCUUCACAAGCUAUCAAUUCGUGCCGCUGAAACUACUCAAAAAUUGAUGUCGGUCGUCAAAAAUCCGGUCUCGAAUCAUUUGCCAGUCGGCUCGCGUAAAAUGCUUAUGUCAUUCAACGUACCGGAAUUGACAAUGGCCAAUAAGCUCGUCUCUCCGGACACUGACGAGCCACUCGUUCUGGUUAUUGGUGGAAUCGCAAGAGGAAAGAUCGUUGUCGAUUACACCGACUCGGAGACCAAAAUCAGCAACUACCCAUUGAGUGCCGCAUUGACUUGCGCCAAAGUGACGAGUGGUUUGGAAGAGAUUUGGGGAAUCAUUUAA